UUUCAUCGUGAAUCGUUGGUUGCUGGGUUGGUUGAAAUCGUUGAAUGAAAGUGAAAAACUCUCAAGAAAAUUUACUGAUUUUUGGGUCCUAUUUUCACAGUCUUAUAGAUUUUUCUCACCAGUGCAGUUAUAAAUGAAGUGCGUAGUUCCAUCCUGCAGGCAUGGUUCCCAUGAAACGCCCAUGUUGCAUCGGUUUCCGCGAGACAGGGCUGUGCGUUUGCAGUGGAUCAAGGCCAUUACAUUGGCCAACAAAGAGCCGCUAAAUCCGAAUAUUAACUACCACUCUGCCCGCAUUUGUUCGCAACAUUUUACUCCAGAAUGUUACAAGAACGAUUCAAACGUCCGGAAAACGCUUCGCAAGACAUCUAUCCCUACCGUGUUUGGAAAAGUGCUCGUAGACCCCGAGAAGUGGGAAAUUUGCUAUCCGAAAACAGCACUACAACUCUUGCAAUGUACACAAGAAGCAAACAUCAAACAGCAAAAUUUGCUUGAAAAUGCACUCCGCCAUACCAGAAUCGAGUCAGAUGAAAGCAACGCAUCCAACUUCCGGUUGAAGCGGUUUCCGCACGUGUGCCGGAUGUGUUUGAAGCCAAACUCUAAUCAGAGCUUGAUGAUUUCCCUAUCAACCGUCGAUCCUGUUAUGGGAGGUAAAAGCAUCCACGAUUUCAUCGAAGACAUUAUGGCGCCGAUCAUGACUUUCGAUCAGAACAAACAACAAUUUUUACCUCAGUCGAUUUGCCAGCUAUGCCUUGAACUGCUCAGAUUCUUCGCCAGAUAUUACUCCAAGAUGACUACGUUGCACCUCUUCAUGAACUCCUUGAUCGAAGUAAAACACCGAAAUUUCGAUCCGAUAGUAGAUCUCUUCGAUACAAAAUCGGAACACCUACGCGUGCUGAUCAAAGAUUUGGACCUGUGUAGUUUGGAUAAGUAUUCUAUGGAUGACUUACUGGAGGAAUUCCCUACGUACGAAUUGGCAUCCUUUGACGGAUUUGUAGAAGAAGAGAGCAAAGACAUAGAAUAUCAAGAGCCAGCCGAAGAAAGUACGUCCGAAGCUGAGCACCAUCAACCGGAUUCAAUCGUGACGGACGUUCCGGAUGAAGUUCCGCUCAAAGGUAAGAAAAGAAAGAGAAGGAUUCCUACCAAACCUAAAGAGCCGGAGAAGAAACUCGAAGAAGCACUGCAAUGCGACAAAUGUCCCUAUUCGUCAUACAGUAAACGAUGCUUCCAAACACACAAACUCGUUCACGAUCUUCGAAAACCUAAAACGUGCGUUUGUCAGAAACCGGGCUGUUCGGAGGUGUUCCAAAGUCGAAUAGAGUAUCGUCGUCACGUUCAAGUCGCUCACAAGGCGUAUGUCUGCGAGACGUGUGGACUUCGGUGCGUUUCGCGAUUCUAUCUAAAGAAUCAUAUGGCUCGCCAUUUGAAGAAAUAUGAGCACUUGUGUCCGUACUGCAAGCAAGGCCACAACACGAAUGGCGAUCUGCUUAUUCACAUACGUGUUAUGCAUUUGGGCGUCUACAGCUACCGGUGCGAUACGUGCGGAAUGACGUUCCGGAAAAAGGCCACCCGGGACGAGCAUCAGCUCGCCCAUAGUGAAGUGUACGCCUAUGAGUGUCUGCAGUGCGACAAAAAGUUCAAAAAGCAGCAGUUCCUGAAAAAUCACAUCACUAAAGUGCACGACAAGGUUCGACUUCAUUGUCCGCACUGUACCGAACAUUUCGGGGCCUCAUACAAUCUGAACAACCACAUCGAGAAAGCUCAUGGUAUUCAGGUUCGGUUCAUUUGUGACGUUUGUGUCCAAACGUUCACCAGUCAGGACAAGCUGGACAGGCAUCGGGAGCGACACGACAAGCCCCAUGAGCUGGAGUGUUCGACGUGUUUGACACUGGUCGCUUCGAAGGAAAUGCUUGCAGAUCAUUUGUGCAUCACUUAUAAGGAUGACUACGUAUGCUGCGGACGAGAUCACCGAUACCACACCAUGUACAACAAGCACAUGCUGCUGAAACAUGACAUCCGGAUGAACGCGCGGGUGAAACCUAUUCCGGGGAAACUGAUGGGUGAGAUAAGAGCCAAAAGGAAGCGUGUCGAAAUGUGUAUGAAGUGUGAGAAAGUUUUCCCGACCAGGGCGCUGAAAAAGCAACACACGGAAAUCUGCCAUGCAGAGAUUGAAGUACUUGAGGAUAAUGGCGAUGAUGUGGAGCACUGAUGACACAAAAGGUUGGCUUUUGAAGGAUGGAUAACAGUUUAAUGAAUCGAUGCAAAUAACACCGAGCUGAAGGGUUCUCGAUCGUCUCGGAGAAUAUAACUUGCCGCACUUAUUAAAAUAAAACCAAUGAAGACAUGCUGAUUUUCUGUGGCAUUG